GGCGGGGAGUCUGCAGAAUAAAAAGCACGCAGGAAAAAACGCCACCAAUGACUUGGUGCAUUUUGGGAUAGUGUUGACAGCCAUCUUUCUUUUAUAUCUCCUCGUGUAGAAGGCAAGAUGAAGUGCCUUGGAGAGUUGAGGGAGUACAAAAUCAUUGGGAGACGUAUCCCCUCUGAGAAAAAUCCAAACCCACCAUUGUAUCGCAUGCGCAUUUUUGCUCCAGAUGCUGUUUCAGCGAGGUCAAGAUUUUGGUACUUUAUGAAAAAGUUGAAGAAACUGAAAAAAACUGUUGGAGAAGUAGUCAUGUGCUCUGAGGUGUUUGACAAAAGUCCAACCACAGUUAAAAACUUUGGAGUUUGGAUCCGAUACAACUCUCGAAGUGGUACCCACAACAUGUACAGAGAAUACAGAGAUAUAACAGUGACUAGUGCUGUCACCCAAUGUUAUCGUGACAUGGCUGCUAGACAUCGUGCUCGAGCUAGUUCUAUUCAAAUUUUGAAAGUUGAAGUUGUACCGUCCAGUAAAUGUCGAAGACCACACGUUAAGCAAAUGCAUAACAGCAAGAUGAGGUUUCCAUUGACACACAGGGUAAUGCGAUCGCAAUUCAAAUCAACCUUCCAAGCCAAGCGACCUCAUACAUUCAUGUAAUAGGAUUGAAAAAUUAUGAGUUGUUAAAA